AUGGGCAGGUCUCAUGGGUAUACAACAGCUCCCUCUUGCAAGUUAAGCUAGCCCAAACGGGUGAGAUAUUGUCGACGUGGCGGUGUGGAAAAACUGUACGAGAUCCUCACUCCUCGAUAGUUUGUGUGACGGACCUCUGUCACAAGGAUGGUCAUCUUUUGCUUGUGGCCACAACUAGUCUGUCUGACCAAGGAUUGUUGUGCUUUUUCAGUGUGAAACAAAAGAAGGUGAUCAAGGCUAUUGAGAUUCCUCAAAAGAUCACAGCUGUAGAGGUGGUUUUCUCGAAUGGUGAUGAGGAUCCUCAGAGAUGGGUACUCAGUCAACAUCUCCUGUUCUUCUCAGGCCUAGUGGCGAUUGGAACUGAGGGAGGGUACAUUUAUUUAGUUGAUUUAGGCCUUGAUGAACUGUUGAUGAGUCAGUGCAAUGAAAUAAGCCCCAAAAAACUGAGCGUGAUUACCCCAAGGAUUGUUGAUCCUCGGGCGAAGAGAGACCAGGCCAGGAUGUACGAUAAACACUUAGCGCUUUUGCUGGAUGAGCAAUGUCACAGAGAAGGCCUCUUCUACUAUCGCAGACAAGAUGACACUGUCCAGAAAGUCCUUGAUGAAGACACAGUAUGUGUAACAAGCUUGAAGUACCUGAGUCAGGCUGGAGAGCUGGCAGUUGGGUUCAAUUUUGGAUCGUUUCAGCUGUGGCGACUCUACAAUCCUGUACUAGACUAUAGCUCCAACUACAACCCUGGACUGGCAGUGACCAACUUUAUUGCACAGGAGCCUGAGAAUGACCCAAGGAACUUUGUUUACUUAUGGGUUGGACAUGAUGAUUAUGAUAGAGAAAGCACUGAUACAGUGGCGUUUGUCAGCUUGUACCAGCUUAGUUUUUUAAAGAAGGACGUAUACGCUGGGUUUGGCGUGUUUUAUGAUGAGCUUGAAAGUGUGUGUGCACGUAUGGACCAUCACCUGACCGUAGAUCCAUACAUGAAUGACUUCACCACGACCAGGAACAGUCGAAUUCUAAGUUGCUUUACAAUUUCUCAUCCAUUCUACAAACCAGUUGAAAGUCUCUCUGAUUCUUAUGAUGAGGGUCUCCAUAGCAAUGACUUGAGCCUGAGCGUGUUUGUCUGGCGCUCGGAGAGCAAGCAGCAAAAGCGCAUCAGCCACUGGAUGUGUGUCUUUGAUCUGAACCGCUGGUACCAUGCGCAGAUGCCACACUCCAUCAGAUGUCAUGGUGGCUCACUACAGGUGUGCUCCUACUGGGCAGUUUACCGUCUGGACGAUGUCGCUGACCUGAUGGCACCACACCCACUGCUGGCGUACGCUUUGUGUCUGCUGUUGGGUCAGUGGAUGGCACCUGUGAUGGCUGGCAGGGUCACUUACUUCAGCAGAUGGGGUCUUCUGGAGCAGAGUUGUUGGUAGUGCCUACUGACUUUUACCACCAGUGUCUCCGCGCUCGUCUCUUGCCGCAGAUGUUUGAAGAGACAAAGAGCAGCAGUCCUGAAUAUCAGCGUAAAGUCUUGCUGGAUAUGGCUCUGGAGAGAGGUCUUAUUGCUGCUGUGGUUCAUCAAUGUAUCCAGCUGUGGGCGGACGGUGACUACACUCAACAAGGCUGCACUUUGACCUUGCUAUUGGACUGGGCAUGGGAGAGGACCAUCAGCAUAAAGAACUCUCUCAAUUCUACUUGUGAAGUGUUAUACGACUGGUCCGCCCACCACGUAGACCCACGGACCAACAGACAGUUACAAUCGUACACCGGGGCUCUGGCUCACCUCAAGCUGGUUUUCUCUGUGCUUAUGUCACAAGCUGCUCCCACCACUGAGAGAGGCAUCAUUGAGCUGGAGCUGCGGCUAGACGUGAUCAACUUGCUGCUCCAACACUACGACUUGGUGCGCUGGUCGUUGUCUGUGAACCUCCUGCCUGAGGUGGAUGAGGUCAGUGACCCUGCCCCGGGACUGUUUGCUUACCCCAUCACUGACCUGGGGGAAAAGUACAAGAUGAAGAGGGCACACCUCCAAGGCUGUCAAAGGGUGGUGGAGGACCUAAGCCUGCUACUGAUUGAUAACCUUGUGGAGUGUGAGGGCGACCAGAUCAAGAAGCUGUGGGGAGACCAAGGAGGAAACGGCCUCUACCCACCUCCUUCCAUGCAGGCUCUGCUGCACAUGUACCUGCUCCAUGACGUGAGCCUGUCAGUGAAACAUGCCAUCACGCUGUACCUCCUGCGUGACCUGGCUGCCCUGGGGGACACAGAUAUGGAGGACACGGUCAUCCCUAGCUUCAUACAGCGCUUCUUCCUAAACCCCAGCCUGGUGCACCAAGUACAGGGCCUGUGGUCCAUUGAUGACGGAGAUUUUGAGGAGGGAUUGCGCAGGUUGGUAAACCCGUGUGUGCGUGCAGACAUCUGUGGCAACUGGAAUCGCGAUGCAUCUGUGGUCAACACUCUUCUAGGUCAAGGACAGAAUAAGGUGGCCAUUCGCUACCUCCACGCUCUUGGAGCAGGGGGUGGGUCUCUGCAAGAGCAGCAUCUGUACAUCUCCACACUGGUCAGGAACAGACAAGAAUUUCAAGCCCUGGAGUUUGUUCGCCGAAGCAACAUGGAAGACACAGCGGCUCAGCUUUUUGAUCACUUGUUGUCCGAGUGCCAGAAAGAGAGACUUCUGGGACAGCUGCUGCGUUGGAACCUGAGAGAGGUGGAGGAGAAACAGUUGGAGAGACAUCUCCGUGGUCGUGGGGAAGUCCGAGCUCUGGAGCCACUGUUGCUGUAUCACCUCAACCACUCACAGUUUGUGAAGGCGUUCCAGCUACACGAUGAUAUGAAACACAUGGACAAGUUGGAGACAAGUGUUGUGGCACAAGAGCAGGCAGCCAGCAGGAAUCGACUGAUGCAAGCCUACCUUUACGCACUACCGGAUAUCACCAGAAAACUCUUAAUGGAGAAGCACAUUUCUUCAGCAGCCAAGGCUCCGAGACGACUUGAAGUUUCUAAGCCCAAGCCACUGUCCACCGUGGUACGUAAUGCUGAUCGCAACGCUAUGGCCAGGUCCAAUUUUGUCUUAGCAGUGAUGGAGAGAGUAAGGGAAGUGGAACAGAGCUUUGCUGCAGAGCUUGAUGGAGAGGAGGGUGAGAUAACGAGGAAGGACCUCAGAGGGGAGCUGUCUAUGAGUCCUGAAGUUCCAUUCCUGAAAACCCCAAAGACACUGAGACCUGGAGGAGAAGAGCAGUUUGCGGAGAAAGUUGUGUACCCAGAACUGAAGAAUUCCCUUAUGGCCAAUGACCCUCUGUCUGCUGCCAGGAGGAAGAUUCUGUCCAAGUCCUUCACAGCCGACUUCACAGAACACACAGAGACCAAGAGCCUUCAUCAGUUAACAAUGGAGUGUGUGAAAGUCCUGCAGACCCCCAAAAGAGAGCAGAAGAAGAAGAGAGAGAGGAGCCCGGGAGUCAGUGCUGUCACCAGUACCAAAACCCCACAGUCCAUUCUGAAAAUCAGACGUCUGAGCAAGGUCCUCCUGCCUGGCUCUAAUGAAAUGAGUGGGGGUAGAAGGACAAGCACCGGCAGCUCUUCUAGAAAACGCCAAGCCUCCAAGUCGGACAGCUCUCUCAACAGUCCGACUCAACUGAGCACGCCUAAACCUCAGCCGGGGGCCACACCGAUGCACACGUUUGGGUCGUCUGCCAAACCGAAGCAUCUCCGUUUUGUGGGCCUGUCUCCAACACUAACACCUUCUCCUUCAAGGGAAGAGCUACUGACUCCACCUAGUGAUAAAGUUGUUAUGGCUGAAGAAUCCAGUUCCAAGAGACAAGAGCCAGAGGUCCCGGCAGAAGCUGAGUCACCACCAAACUUGCAUUCUGUAACCCAGAAAGAUGAACCAGACGUCCAGACUGCACCGGAAACAGUUUCCUCUACCACCACUACCGCUACCUCUGUUACUACAGUGACAGAGGAAAAGAAGGAAAAAGUCCUUGGGGAUCCACCAGCAGCGUUACAGGAGACAGUAGAACAGAUGGAUGUAUCUACAGGGAACACUAGCCAGGAGCUGCCUUCUCCUAUCGAUGAUUCACCAAGAUAUGGAGACUCUUUUGAAAAGCUUGAGCGACCUGAUCUGCAGUCAAUUUGGAAAGAUUCUGAGAACACAACAGAAAUGGUUGUUGAUGAUGAAAUAACGUUCAACUUGCAUCAUACAGAAGAGCUGGGCCCACCUGCUGUGAGUAUGACAUCUUCCCCCAUGGAUUCAUCUGUGCCUAAAACUUCUCAGGAGGCUGCACUCAAUGGUGCCAAUCUUGUUUCGGUCACUGUGCAAAAGACCACAUCAGCCAUGUCCUUGUCAACAGCGGAAAUCCUCGCAACGUCAGAGAGCACGUUCCUCGAGCAGACACUGGUCACCUCCCACAAGUCCUUCUCCAGCCCCAGCAUGGAGAAGAGUGGGUCGGGUCCAGCGCUGAGUUCGGGCCUAGUGGUGGACACACAGCUCGAAGAUAAGAUUGUCUCCUCUAUGUCAAGAUCUGCUCUUCCUCUCAGGUCAUUGAUAUCUUCCACAUCACUGUCGCCGACAGCAAGGCGGGCCCAUGUGAAUUUUGAGUCAUCUCCAGAGAGCAGAAAAUCUGUCCGAGCCGACUCCCCUCCCCCUGCAACCCCUCCCCUCAGCAGGAAGGCCAAACUGUUGUCUUCUAAAGUGGAAGACAUGUUUAAUUAUCAAGACUAUCCUAAAAGGCGCACACGGUCAACUACGCCUUCCCCAGCGCGAUCUGAAACGGAGGAAAAACUUCACAGGAAAAGGUCCAGGAAAACCUCAGAGCUAGAAAAACCUGAUAGAAACGUUGAGGAUCUAGAUAUUAAAGAUGCAGAAAUGUCAAUUGAGCUUGUGCUGCCUAAAAAAAAAGUAACUCCAGAUAGAUCCCCUGCCAAAAAUAGAACAUUUAUUGGGGAAGAAAGCGUAAAAGUUACAAUGAUGGUUAGUGAAAGUUUCUCAACGUUGGAAGAGAGAACAGAUGUUUCUGAGAGAAGACAGACUCCAGAUAGGUCUGCCAGGAAAUCAGCAAAACUGGCUUUGGGGUCUGAAAGUGAACAGAAAGAGAAAAGAGAGAAAAGAACUACUGACACGUCAACCUCACAGCUGGCCAAAUCUGUGCUGGAGACUGAUGAAAGUGAAUCUGUGCUUGAUGAUGCAGCAGAUCGGCAGGCUGAAGGGAAAAGAACCUUGGGAAGAGAGGUCAGUGUGUCCAGAGAGAGUCGAGCAUUUUCUGUUGCUUCUAGGACAAAGACACCAGAGAGAGACUCUGCUCAUGAGACUUCUAUCUCUGUGGGUACACGGAGAUCUACUCGCCAUAGGACACCGGACAGAACUGGACACAAAGUCUCAGAGAUUGUGAUGACGCAGCAGUCAGAGGGGAUAAGACGUAAAAAGGAAGGUCCCAUUGUCUCGUCUUUUGAGGGACAAGAAGAAGAGGAGAAGACGCAAACAAAGACAGUUCAUAAUGCCCUUACAAAAGAAAUACAUCAAAUAGGUGUGAAAGCUAGAAGUUCUGACGCGCCUGUUACAAGACAGACUCUGCAAAAGUCGAGGUCUCCUUCAAAGCCGGAAAGUUUGCUAGAAGUGCAUUCUGAAGACAAUACUUUUGAUCAAAGUCUCAGCUCCAGCAUGCAAAAAGAGAUGCUAAAAACUUCUGAAACAUUUUCUAGAAGACAGACGAGGAGGAAGUCUAAGUCACCAUCAAAACCAGGUAUCUCAAAAGAAGUGUCUUCUGAGGAUAUGUCAGCUAGAGGUUCUGUCAGAAGGCAGACACGGGGUAAAUCCAAGUCACCAUCAAAACCAGAAGCCACACUAGAAGUACAGUCAGAGGACAUACUUGAUCGUAGCCUGCGACGGUCGCGUCGACAGUCGAAGACCCCCGAGCGAUUCCUAGCCCCAGCGUUGUCCGAGCCCCUCACCCCAACCAGACGCUCAAAGCGACUGCCCAAGUCUCCUGAGAAAUUGAAUACAUCUGAGAUUGAGUCGGUACGUCCAAUUGCCACUUCUACCUCACCAAAGCAGCCAUCGCCACAGAGAGAUCUGAAAGAAAAUAGUCGCACUGUGAAAAACCCAGAGGCUCCAUUGACCCCCACAAGAAGGUCAAAACGAAAGCCCAAGUCUCCACAACGGCUGAACACCGACGAUAUUGAGCCCGUCCAUUCUUCUUCUUCCCCUGUCAGGUUGCUGUCACCGAAGGAAAUGUCUCGGGAGAGUAGUCCUGGAAGUCCCGACCGGGCAGGCUUGAGGCGGUCGAAAAGAGGUUCGUCGACAGAGUCAAGGACACCCAGUAGGGACAGCUCUUCAGUGGUGGAAGUGUUUCAGACCAGACGCAGGACCCCGGACCGACACACUGCUGGAACAAAAGGAACAACGCCAAGCAAGACUGGAAAGAGGACCAGAGUGUCUUCUGCCUCUGCCAUGAAGAAGAUAACUGAGGAAGAGAAAGAUGGUGUUCAAACUGGAGAGGAGAAGGAAUCGAUGCCUGAGUGGUCUGAGGACAUGCCCCCUCUUCGGUUUGAUGCUGGGGAGGAAGGGAAUACAGUGACUGAGUCCUCAGAUGAGUCCAAGCAACACAGAUUGAAAAGGAGAACCACGAAGGAAGAUGUAGCACAGACAGCCCAGCCCAACUAUGUGUUCUCACCCCCUGUCAAGCAGCUGGUACAGACAGAGGAGGUUGGGGAUGGGGAGGGGAGUGUCAGUCCAGUCUAUGUGUUCUCUGCUCCCACAGUGGCCUCUGAAGCUCUACCACAACAGGCCAGCAAGAAAAGCAGAAACAGACAGAAGAAAAAGGCUUUGUAUGAUGAGACCGUCAUGUUACUGCCCAGUCCGAGCACCUCUCCUAGAGAAAGAUCUCGCUCGCAGAGCAGCAACCAACAAGCCCGGGUGGCCAUUUUGAAGCGCUAUAAACCAACCGGACCAAGGACAAGGAGGUUGAGGCCGUCUGUGAAGUCUUAACACUGUUCUGACUUGAUGUGACAGAUGUAGCACUGUUCUGUCCUCACCUGACCGAUGUAGCACUGUUCUUACAGACAGAUUUAACACUGUUCUUGCCUGGUAAAUGUAGCCUGACAGAUAUAGUGCUGUUCUCACCUGACAUGUAGCUCUGUUCUGAACUGACAGAUGUAGCACCAGUGCUGCGUGACCUGACACAUGUAGUGCCGUUGAAUAAAUAUUGUAUUUGGUUUUUGUUUUGUUUCUCACCAGGCCCCCUUAAUCAAAUAAUAAUAACAAUGAUGAUUGCAUUUAUAUGAGCCUUUCCUAAAAUAUCAGCACAAAAAAGGGGACAUGAGGUAUACAAACUCAAAAUAAUCAGGAUUCCGAACCGGGAAAGUGAAAAAAACCCAGGAAAUUCAUUUUUACAUUGGUUAGGAAAAAAAAAUGAAAAUGAAUGUAAACGAAAAUA